GGUUUUCCCCCAAAUCUGCUUCCUUCAAUUGAUAUAUUGAUUAGCAACACAACUCUCGUAUUUACUAAUUAUCCUCCAAGAUAAACUGCACAACAAUCACUCCAUUCUUCCACCAUGGAGGACUACAUAUAUCUCAGUAUGCGACAAUGUUGUACCUCCAGUAGAUUCUCGAAAUCACUCUUCCCAUUCAUAUCUUGAGACGGGACCUUUCCUUCUUUCAUUCAUCAUUUCAGCCAGUAUGGCAAAGAAACCUACAAUUCUCAUUACAGGUUGUAGUGAUGGAAGUAUCGGGCAUUCUCUAGCUCUCGAAUUUGUUCGUCAAAACUACCAUGUUUUCGCCAGCUCUCGUCGACUCAGUACAAUGAAAUCUCUUGAGAAAGAUCCUGAUAUUACCUUGAUUGAACUCGAUGUUACAUCGCCUUCCUCAAUCCAAGCAGCCUGCGAAAGAAUAUCUGCGGCCACGGGCGGAACUCUUGAUAUCCUCUACCAGAAUGCCGGAGUACGAACAAUAACCCUCGCCAUGCAUUGUGACUACGCAUUGGCUCUAAAGAUUUUCGGUACAAAUAUACUUGGAAUAGUUGAGAUCACUAGAGUCUUUAUGCCGCUUUUGAUGAAAGCUGGCCCUGGAAGUAGGAUUGCAUUCUCUAGCAGUCUGGCUGGGUAUAUGCCAAUCCCAACCCAAUCACUUUAUAAUGCAUCAAAAGCCGCUCUACACUCGUAUAUAUCGACUUUGGAGCUCGAACUUAAGCCCUUUGGAAUAUUCGUUAUCGAUGUGGCUUCAGGUACAGUUGGUACCGCCAUGUUGACUCAGAAUCAAAUGGAAAUAUUACCAGAAGACUCUCCAUACAAAUUAAUCGAAUCCGAUCUUAAUGAAGCUUGGGUCAGAAUUGGAGGAGGAAUACCAGUGGAAGCAUACACCAAGCAUGUUGUUCAAAAGAUCCUUCAAAUGAAUCCACCUCAGCGUUUCUUUGCUGGAGCCGGCGCAACAUUAGGAUGGGCGAUUGAUAAGUUGAAUGCGGGUUGGAUUUAUAAAGCAUUCUUUUGGAAAAUCUUUGCGUUGGGUAAACUCUCACAAGCGCAACAUUAGGAUGGAUUUAUCCUCUAGGCUUUUUAGUCCCCAGAGACACUGGUCUAAAGCAAAGUUGUUAUGGAUAUAUUAGAAUUGUGACAAUUUUCAUAUGUCGCUCGAGC